UACCGAAUGACCUGAUGUUUCGGGACAUGCGUAUGAGCAAGUGAAAACAUUAAUUUUUUAAAUAGUUAAAAGAGAUUUAGUUACUUUGCUUAAUGAUAAAUGAUAUUGACCACAUGACUUGAUCCAAAAUGGUCCCUUUAUAUUGGUUACUCCGAAUGACAUUAAAGAAAUUUCCAGAAAUUUAUUCUUGUAAUAAAGCAACGACUUCUACACAUAAUUUUAAUAUCAUUUUGCACUAUGUUGAUAUAUGAUGUUAUAAAAUCAUGCCAGAAUAAAUAAAUAUAUACAUUUAUUACAUUUUAAGAUAUUUUAAUCACAAAUGAAAUGGCUGUAUUGGCCUUUGGACGGUUAAACCGAAUGACCUUUUGACACUUCAAAAUCUUUAAAAUACCUUUAUAUGUAGCAAAAUAUAAUUAAAACCUUUUGGAUUCAAUAAAAGAGAUCUACUUUAUAUACUUUGGACGUUAUAUCUUUGUUUUUUUUAUUAUUAUUAAAGCCUUUGGACAAAAAAAUGACCCGUCACGUCAAUGACCCACAUACAUAUUUACAUAUACUUAUUCAUAUAUACAUAUAGUUAUCAACCAGGGUACCUCCAAAUAUAAUACAUAAUACAUUCAUAUGGUUACAUAGGUAUGUGUAUACACAACCCCUUCCUCCAUUUACAAACAAAUAUCUCUCUUCUCGCUUUGUUUUGACUUGUACACAGUCCAUUUUCGCCAGUGUCUUUCAAAAGUCUCUCCUUGUAAUCUCAGCUUAAAUGUCAGUCUUUCCAUAUUAUAUAUCAAUCUGUUCCCAUUGUGUUUCGUUGGGGCAAUUUGUUGAAGCCAUUGGUGGGUAAUGGCUUUUUUCACUGCUAUUAGUAGAGUUCUCAAUAAAUAUUUAUCACUGUUAGUCACUAAAUAAUAAUUCACAUAACAAUGCCAAUUUGUUAUGUAGAAACAUCAAAAAAGUAGCAUCACAUUAAUUGCAAACAAAGUUUGAGGAUCAUGCCUAAUGCUUGAGGUAUGUCUAAUAUAUUUAAAGGAUGGAAACAACCAAGGAGGUGUUAGUUUUCUAUAUAAGGAUAUCAACAACUAAAGGUUGUGUUCCUGACCCCACACCACUUUUAACUCUUGAUAAAAACCCUGUCCCUGUGUUUUCCUUUCACAUCCUUAUUUGGACCUCUGUUACCCUCUAUAAAAACCAAGCACUAGUGGUUUGUCUCUCUGAAGUUUCCUCAGCUGAGGAGUGUUCAUCAACUCUCACUGUACCUGGAAAAUCAAGCAGACGCACUAUGGGUGAUGCUCUGAUGGCAGAGUUCGGAAAGGCUGCUCCCUUCCUGAGGAAGUCGGAUAAAGAGCGUCUUGAAGCUCAGACGAGAGCCUUUGACAUCAAGACCGAAUGCUUUGUUGUGGAUGAAAAGGUGGAGUUUGUGAAGGGGCAAAUUGUCAGCAAGGAAGGAGGGAAGGUGACUGUUAAAACUGAGGAUGGGAGAACAGUGACUGUCAAGGACGGGGACGUCCAUCCCCAGAACCCGCCUAAAUUCGAUAAAAUCGAAGACAUGGCGAUGCUUACUUUCCUUCACGAGCCUGCAGUGCUGUUCAACCUCAAAGAGCGUUACGCAGCCUGGAUGAUCUACACCUACUCAGGGCUGUUCUGUGUCACGGUCAACCCUUACAAGUGGUUACCCGUGUACAACUCAGAAGUAGUAUCUGCUUACAGAGGUAAGAAAAGAACAGAGGCACCACCUCACAUCUUUUCCAUCUCAGAUAAUGCUUAUCAAUACAUGUUAACCGAUCGGGAGAACCAAUCUGUCCUUAUCACUGGAGAAUCCGGUGCUGGGAAGACUGUCAACACCAAGAGGGUCAUCCAGUAUUUUGCAAGCAUUGCUGCCUCUGGUGGAGCGGCUGGAAAGAAAGACUCUAGCAAGGGAACCCUGGAGGAUCAGAUUAUUCAGGCUAAUCCUGCACUCGAGGCUUUUGGCAAUGCUAAAACGGUCAGAAACGACAACUCCUCUCGCUUUGGGAAAUUCAUCCGCAUUCAUUUUGCGACAAGCGGUAAACUCGCUUCAGCUGAUAUCGAAACAUACCUGCUGGAGAAGUCUCGGGUGACCUUUCAGCUAAAGUCUGAGAGGAACUACCAUAUUUUCUUCCAAAUACUGUCCAAUGAAAAGCCUGAACUGCUGGACAUGUUGUUGAUAACUAAUAAUCCAUAUGACUACUCUUACAUCUCCCAAGGAGAAGUAACCGUCGCGUCUAUCAAUGACAACGAGGAGCUGAUCGCUACUGACAAGGCAUUUGAUGUACUUGGCUUCACGUCAGAAGAAAAGAUGGGAGUCUACAAGCUGACAGGUGCUAUCAUGCAUUAUGGCAAUAUGAAAUUCAAACAGAAACAGCGUGAAGAGCAGGCAGAGCCUGACGGUACUGAAGAUGCAGAUAAGGCGGCGUAUCUAAUGGGGUUGAACUCUGCUGACCUGCUCAAAGGACUCUGCCAUCCAAGGGUCAAAGUAGGCAAUGAGUAUGUAACUAAAGGACAGGGUGUGGACCAAGUGUAUUACUCUGUUGGUGCACUGGCAAAGUCAGUGUAUGAGAAAAUGUUCAGCUGGAUGGUGGUAAGAAUCAACCACUCCCUUGACACCAAGCAAAAUCGCCAGUAUUUCAUUGGUGUGCUAGACAUAGCAGGCUUUGAGAUCUUCGAUUUCAACACAUUUGAACAACUCUGCAUCAAUUUUACAAACGAAAAGCUGCAACAGUUUUUCAAUCACCACAUGUUCGUCCUGGAACAAGAAGAAUAUAAAAAAGAGGGAAUUGAUUGGGAGUUUAUUGACUUUGGGAUGGAUCUGCAAGCAUGCAUCGAUCUGAUUGAGAAACCCCUAGGGAUCAUGUCCAUCCUGGAAGAAGAGUGCAUGUUUCCAAAGGCCAGCGAUCAGACAUUCAAAGCAAAGCUGUAUGACAACCAUCUGGGCAAGACAAACAUUUUCCAGAAGCCACGAGUCGUGAAGGGAAAGGCAGAGGCACACUUUGCCUUAUCCCACUAUGCAGGUAUUGUUGACUAUAAUAUUGCUGGCUGGCUAGUGAAAAACAAAGACCCACUGAAUGAAACAGUAGUUGGCCUCUAUCAGAAGUCUUCUUUGAAGUUGUUGAGUCUUCUAUUCUCAAGUUAUGCAGGAGAUGCUUCUGAAAAGUCAGGUGGGAAAGGGGCCAAGAAGAAGGGGUCAUCUUUUCAGACAGUGUCCGCCCUGCACAGGGAAAACCUUAACAAAUUAAUGACCAAUCUGAAAACCACACACCCACACUUUGUUCGCUGUUUGAUUCCAAAUGAGAGCAAGACUCCUGGAAUCAUGGAUAACUGCCUGGUCAUGCACCAGCUUCGCUGCAAUGGUGUACUAGAGGGCAUCAGGAUUUGCAGAAAAGGAUUCCCAAACAGAAUCCUCUAUGGAGAUUUCAAACAGAGGUACAGAAUCUUAAAUGCAUCUGCCAUCCCAGAAGGCCAGUUCAUUGAGAACAAGAAGAGUGCCGAGAAGCUGUUAGGGUCACUUGACAUUGACCACACGCAGUACAAAUUUGGCCACACAAAAGUCUUUUUUAAAGCUGGCCUGCUCGGUACGUUAGAGGAGAUGCGAGAUGACCAACUCGCUCGUAUCAUCACUGGGAUCCAAGCUUAUGCUCGUGGAUUACUGAUGAGGGUCGAGUACCAGAAACUGGUGGAGCGCAGAGAUGCCCUCAUGGUCAUCCAGUGGAACCUUCGUUCCUUCCUCGGUGUGAAAAACUGGCCAUGGAUGAAAUUAUUCUUCAAGAUAAAACCUUUGCUGAGGAGUGCCGAGUCUGAAAAGGAGAUGGCAAACAUGAAAGACGAAUUCAGUAAGUUGAAGGAAGCUUUGGAAAAAUCUGAGGCCAGGAGGAAAGAGUUGGAAGAGAAAAUGGUCGGUCUGCUUCAAGAGAAGAAUGACUUGUUCCUUCAGCUGCAAUCAGAGCAAGACACCCUAACUGACGCUGAGGAACGAUGUGAACAGCUGAUAAAAAGCAAGAUCCAGCUAGAAGCCAAAGUCAAAGAGUUGUCAGAACGUAUAGAGGACGAGGAAGAGAUAAACGCAGACCUUACAGCCAAGAAGCGCAAGUUGGAGGAUGAAUGCUCUGAGCUCAAGAAAGAUAUAGAUGACCUGGAGCUAACACUGGCCAAGGUGGAAAAGGAAAAACACGCCACCGAGAACAAAGUGAAGAACCUGACUGAAGAAAUGGCAUCCCUCGAUGAAAACAUAAUGAAACUCACCAAAGAGAAAAAAGCUCUACAAGAGGCUCACCAGCAAACAUUGGAUGACCUUCAAAGUGAGGAGGACAAAGUGAAUACAUUGACAAAAGCUAAAGCCAAGCUCGAACAACAGGUGGAUGAUCUUGAGGGCUCAUUGGAACAGGAAAAAAAAGUCAGGAUGGACUUGGAGCGUAGCAAGAGAAAACUGGAAGGAGAUGUAAAACUGACUCAGGAGAAUGUAAUGGAUUUGGAGAACGACAAACAGCAACUAGAGGAAAAACUUAAAAAGAAAGACUUUGAAAUUAAUCAGCUGAAUGGAAAGAUUGAGGACGAGCAAAUGGCUUCGGCGCAGUUGCAGAAAAAGCUAAAAGAAAAUCAAGCUCGAAUUGAAGAACUGGAGGAAGAGCUGGAUGCGGAACGUGCGGCUCGUGCAAAGGUGGAGAAACAGCGAUCUGAUAUUUCUCGAGAACUGGAAGACAUCAGCGAGCGCCUGGAGGAGGCAGGUGGGGCAACAUCUGCUCAGGUAGAACUCAGUAAAAAAAGGGACGCUGAGUUUCAGAAGUUACGGAGGGACCUCGAGGAAUCCACCCUUCAGCACGAGACCACUACUGCCUCUCUUCGGAAGAAGCAUGCAGACAGUGUUGCUGAACUAGGGGAACAGAUUGACAGUUUGCAAAGGGUCAAACAAAAGUUAGAGAAAGAAAAAGUUGAAUUGAAGUUAGAGUUGGAUGACCUUUGCUCAAACAUGGAGAGCGUUGUAAAGGCCAAGGUAAAUCUUGAAAAGAUGUGCCGCUCCCUGGAAGAUCAGAUGAAUGAGCAUAGGUCAAAAGCUGAGGAAGCCCAUAGAGCUCUUAAUGAUUUGUCUACACAGAAAGCAAAACUGCUGACUGAAAAUGGGGAACUUGGACGACAAAUGGAGGAGAAGGAGUGUCUGAUUUCCCAACUCACUAGAGGAAAGACUUCCUACACUCAGCAACUUGAAGAUCUGAGGAGGCAGCUUGAGGAAGAGGUAAAAGCAAAAAAUGCUCUUGCUCACGCUGUACAAUCAGCCCGUCAUGAUUGUGACUUACUGAGAGAGCAAUUCGAAGAGGAACAAGAAGCAAAAGCUGAGCUCCAACGAGCCUUAUCAAAGGCCAAUACGGAGGUAGCAACAUGGAGGGCAAGGUAUGAGACUGAUGGAAUUCAGAGGACAGAGGAACUGGAGGAAGCCAAGAAGAAACUUGUUCAAAAAUUGCAAGAAGCAGAAGAUGCAGUGGAAGCAGUGAAUGCAAAGUGUUCUUCGCUUGAGAAAACAAAACAUAGGCUCCAAAAUGAGAUUGAAGAUCUGAUGCUAGACCUUGAACGGUCAAAUGCAGCAUCUGCUGCCCUGGACAAAAAACAGAGAUCCUUUGACAAAGUCAUUGCGGAGUGGAAACAAAAGUAUGAAGAGUCACAAUGCGAGCUUGAGGGAGCGCAAAAGGAAGCUCGCAGCUUAAGUACCGAGCUCUUUAAACUUAAGAAUUCCUAUGAAGAAACUCUAGAUCACCUUGAGACCAUCAAGAGGGAAAACAAGAAUCUACAAGAGGAGAUCUCUGACUUGACGGAUCAAGUGGGUGAAGGACGAAAGAGUGUUCAUGAGUUGGAAAAACUGAGGAAACAGUUGGAACAGGAGAAGGCAGAGUUGCAGUCUGCAUUGGAGGAAGCUGACGCUUCAGUUGAGCAUGAAGAAGGUAAGAUCCUACGAGCUCAGCUGGAGUUCAACCAGUUGAAGGCAGAUUUUGAGCGUAAGAUAGCUGAGAAGGAUGAGGAAAUGGAGCAAGCUAAAAGAAACUACCAACGCAUGGUUGAGUCCUUGCAGGCUUCUCUUGAGGCAGAGACGAGAAGUCGUAAUGAAGCCUUGAGAGUUAAAAAGAAGAUGGAGGGAGACCUUAAUGAAAUGGAAAUUCAAUUAAGCCAGGCCAACAGACAGGCAUCUGAUGCCCAAAAGCAGCUGAAGAUGAUCCAGUCAUGCUUAAAAGACACUCAACUCCAGUUGGAUGACACGCUUCAUAGUAAUGACGAUCUCAAGGAAAACAUUGCCCUGUUUGAGCGGAGAAACAACCUGAUUCAAGCAGAACUAGAGGAACUGAGAGCCGUGCUGGAACAGACGGAGAGGGUUCGCAAACUAGCAGAGCAAGAACUUACUGAAUCAACUGAGAGGAUGCAACUCUUGCACUCCCAAAACACUAGCCUCAUCAACCAAAAGAAGAAGCAGGAAUCAGAUCUGCUUCAGCUGCAGAAUGAAAUGGAGGAGCUGGUGCAAGAGAACCGCAAUGCAGAAGAAAAGGCAAAGAAAGCCAUCACUGAUGCCGCUAUGAUGGCUGAGGAGUUAAAGAAAGAACAAGACACUAGUGCACACCUUGAAAGGAUGAAAAAGAACAUGGAGCAGACCAUUAAGGACCUACAGCACCGUCUUGAUGAAGCCGAGCAAGUAGCAAUGAAAGGAGGGAAGAAGCAGCUACAGAAAAUGGAGGCACGUAUCCGUGAGCUUGAGAAUGAGUUGGACGCAGAGCAAAAGCGAGGUUCUGAGGCCAUUAAAGGUGUGAGGAAGUAUGAGCGACGCAUAAAGGAGCUGACUUAUCAGACGGACGAGGAUCGCAAAAACUUGGCAAGACUGCAGGACUUGGUGGACAAGCUACAACUGAAAGUAAAAUCUUACAAACGCUCUGCCGAGGAAGCCGAGGAACAGGCAAAUGCCAACAUGGCUAAAUUACGGAAACUGCAGCACGAGCUGGAAGAGGCAGAAGAGCGUGCCGACAUUGCAGAAUCUCAAGUGAACAAACUGCGUGCUAAAACAAGAGAUGGAGUACCUGGGAAGAAAUCCCAGGAUGAGUAAUGUUUAGCCUAGAGUCGUUGUGCAAUCACACCUAGAUUCGUUUGUUCACUAGUUUUUUUGAUUAGCACAUCAACAAAUACACUUUAUUUUACAGUUGCGCCUGGAAACCUAUAAAGCAUUAAACAUUAGUCAAACCAUAAAUGAUAAGUCACCAUUUUGGUGUCUGCAUCAAAUUAAAUUUACUAAAGUGAUAAAAUUGUCAUUCAGCGUAAUGGUCCAGACUUUUAUUUUACCAUUACAUCUUUAAAUAAACAUAAAAUACCAUUUCUUGGCAUUUUCAAAUAAGUGUGUUGGCUGUGUUAUAUUAAAAGGACUGUCUCACUAGUGUUAGUAUUGAAAUAAUCAGGGGACUUUUGUCCCACAUAUGCAGCUUGUCAGAGGUCAUUCAGUGUAAAAGGAACAAGAACUGAUAGUCAACUCGAAAGUCUGUGAUAUAAUAAAAAAGGCGCUCUGAAGACGUGUACUGCUGCAGCAAAGUGAGUUUUAAUGCAUUUUUGUAUUGUUUUAUUUGUGUUAUUCAUUUAUUUUGAAUGCCCACGAACAGAGAGAGUUGCUAGACUUUGUAAAAAGGCAAAAAGUUCAAAUGUAAAUGCAGACCCGGUAGCUUGAGUGGCACUCUUCAAGGAAACAAUACGGUAUUGAGGAUUGCAAUAGUCUGAAUAAUAGCUUACCACUAUUUCUGAGCAGAGAGUCCUUCCUCACGGUCACAAGUUCAAAAGAGGCCAUUGAGGGGAUUCUCCACCCAAAAUACCCAUCCUGAUAAUGUCAUCUAUGUUGGCAAACAGAAAGUAUUCAUAAAUAUAGUAAUUUUUGGCACCAUUUACUCAGGAAUACAAAUUUCCUCUAUUGAGGACAAUAAAGAAUGAAUCUGAAUACUAUUAAAACAUAUUUAAUGAUAGUCUAAUACUAAAAACACUGCAAUUAUGGGAACAAUGACAACAUUCUCACUUUCUUGGCAAAAUGUCAUUUACAGUAACAGAUACAUUUAUGUAAAAAAUGAAACAAUAUACUUAUUCCGACCUGUACUUAUUAAAAUAUAUAAAAGAAUAUGUGAUCAUAUUAAAUGUUAUUAUAUUAUAGACAUUAUCUGGUUAUUAGGAAAAAACAAGUUUUAAUGACAUCUCGUUAUUACGAGGAAAAUAUAUCGUUUUAAUGACUAUCU